AUGAGUGGCCAGUCUUUCGGCCCUCGCUGCUUUGUAUUCGCACACACCCUUGGAGCCAGCUUUCAAAUGACUUUUGCUAUUACAACCCGUAGGCUGGAUCCUUCUGUUGCCACAAUUGUUGUCAGGAAUAUUAUUAACCGCAGCCAUCGAAGUCUGAUAAAUAUUACUCACUGGAUUAUUGGUCGUUUGAUUAGUCUGACUAGUCGCGCUGUUGUCUUGCAUCAAAGGCGGUUUUGGAUCCGAGGACCCCGGACUACGACGUAUCCUUGACAAUUCAUAGGUAUGCUCACGAUGCAUCCUCAAAAAGUGUUUCUUAACGUGGUCAGCGCGGUUGAACGGUUUGUAGCAAACGUAGCAAUGGAAAGGCUUUUCUUCCCGGUGGAUGUUUUCAUGUCGAGUGUAAAGGUCACGGCGAUCUGUUCCGUAAGGACAGUACGG